UUGAAUAAUUUGAUAAAUUGAUAACCAACUUGAUAACCAUAAUGUGGAAUAGAAUAUCACAAAAGUUAAUUUCUCAAAAGAACAAAAACACAACUUUUAUUAAUGGUUUUGAGAAUUCAUUAGCUGAAACAAGCUCUAAUCAAACAGAGGAUUUAAAAAAUCAUUAUGAUGCAAUUCCUGAUAACUAUGACGACUCAAAUCUUACGCAGCUAAUGCUGGCAUGUCGACAAGACAACCAAUCUGAAGUUGAAAAGUUGUUAAUUGAAGGUUUUCCUGUUGAUGCUAUAGAUAGUGAUGGCAGAACAGCUUUGUUUUAUGCAGUUACGUUUUCUUCAAUAAACAUUAUCAGUUCUUUACUUGCUGCAAAAGCUGAUCCUUUCAUUGUAGCUGGACAAUAUGAAAGAAACUGUUUGCAUCAAGCAUGCUCAAGAGCAAAGAAAUCAAUUGAAGUCGUUAGACUAAUAGUCAACACAAUGGGUGAAGUAGCAAAAUUAGAGCAAGACAAGGCUGGACUUUUACCUCUACAUUUAGCUAUAUUUGUUGGAGAACGAGACGUUUGCAAAGAGCUACUUUCUACUCAUCGAGAUGAGCAACUUUGUUCAGUUACUAGGUAUUACAAGGAUGCAGCUCUUCAUUUAGCUGCUAAAAAAAAGGAUUUGGAUAUUUUAAAACUGCUAAUACAAGAGCAUGCUAAUAUUAACCAAACCAAUCAUGAAGGCAAAACCCCACUUCACAUACUUGCUGCAGAAUCUGAUGUUGAAUCUGUUGAGUAUCUGAUAAGCCAGAAUGCAUCAGGUGUCAUAGCUGAUAAGCAAAAUUGUACUCCAUUACAUAUUGCAACCAAAGCAGGAAGCAUUAAAAUAGUGCAAUUGUUAAUUGAAAAAUGUCAUGCAAAUCUAAAUGAGCGCUCAAAGGAUGGAAGUACUCUCAUGCAUUUGGCAGCAAAGUCUGGACAUGUUGAAGUUUUGUCAUUUUUUUUAAAACAUAAAGUUUCUGUAAGAACUCCUAAUCGUAAUGGUAUAGAGGCAUUGCACGAAGCUUGCAAACGAGGUUUUAGUGUCAUUGUGAAGCUACUUAUAGAACAUGGAGCUCAAAUAGAAAAAUAUACAAAAGAUUUAUACACACCUCUACAUUAUGCUGUUCUCCAUGGAAAGUAUAAUGCUGCACAAAUUCUCAUUGGAUAUGGAGCAGAUGUGAAUGCUGCUGGAGGAACAAAAAACGAUACUCCUCUUCAUUUUGCAUCAAAAUUGAACAGGCAUUCAGAUCAUAUAAUCGAACUUUUGUUAUUAAGCGGUGCUGAUAGUUCUAUUUUAAACUUGGACGGUGAAAGUUCUCUUCAUGUUGCUGUUCGUUUAAAAAACUCUGCUGUUGCAAAGUUACUUAUUAAGGAUGGAGCAUCUGUCAUUGCAAAAAAUAAUGAUGGAGAGACACCUUUACACCUUUCUGUUUCAAACUCGUCAAUUUUAAUUUUGCUAUUGAUUCUUGAUGAAAUGAAAAAGGUUUUAGAUGCAGCAGAGUUUGAAAAACAAAUCAAUGCAACAAACAAAUUGGGAGAAACUGCACUUCAUUACUGUGCCAAAAUCAGUUCUAACACUGAAACCCAAACAAUUUACACGGAUCUAACCAAGCUGCUUUUGGAUAAUUCUGCAAAGCAUAAUCUUCAAACUCUACAUACAGCUGAAACUGCUGUUCAUUAUUGCUGUGAAACUGGUAACACAAAAGUGCUACAGAUGAUAUUUGCAUCCAUAUCUGAAAAAGAAACUUUUAAAGCAUCGAACUGUCCUAACAUUAAAGGGUGGACUCCUCUUCUCAUUGCAUGUCACUUUGGUCACUUGGGAAUUGUAAGAACAUUACUGGAACAUGAUGCAAGAUUAGAUUAUUUUGAUCAAGAUGGCAAAACAGCUCUCCAUAUUGCAUCACAAAGUGGACAUAUUUCAUGUGCUGAGCUUUUGUUAGAAAAAAAUGCUUAUGUUGAUGUCAAGACCAAGUUUGGUAUGAGUUCUGUGUCUCUUGCUGCUGCAAAUGGUCACAGUCAACUCUUUGAGAUGCUUGUUACCAAAUACCAUGCUGCACACAGUAUUUUGGCUUUGAACAAACAAUCUGCACUUCACUUGGCUUCAAAAAAUGGUUAUAUAUAUGCUGUUAAAUCUUUACUAAAACUUGGUGCUGAUCCCUCACUUGUGGACAUGGAUCUUGUUGCGCCAAUUCAUCUUGCUGCUGAAAAUAAUCAUUACGAAGUUGUAAAACUAUAUCUAGAGAUGAACCAUGAACUUCGUGAACUAGCAAACAAGGAUGGUAACACAUUUGUGCAUGUUGCUGCAAUCAAAGGAAGUCUUGAAGUAAUGAUGGCUGUAUUAAAAGUUGAUAAAACGAUGGCGUUAUCUAAAAGCAGGAAUACUUUUCAAACUCCAUUACAUUUGUCAGCAAUCUACAACCAAAGUGAAAUAGUACAGUUGUUAAUUAGUAAAGGUGUACCAUUAUUUGAUGAAGAUAAAAAUGGAAUGACUGCACUUCAUUUAGCAGCUCAGUAUGGCUCUCGAAAAGUGAUUGAAGUUCUUAGGGGAAAAAUACCCUUUGAUGUCGUAAGCCAAAAGACUGGUUUUACUCCAUUGCAUAUAGCAGCAGAGUAUGGUCAAAGCGCAAGUUUGGGUGAAUUUUUGAUAAAAAUUUCUGGAGAUAUUCUUAGUCAAUGCCCAUUUGGACUAAAGCCUUCUGAAACUGAGUUUGGUUACACUUGUUUACAUUUGGCAGCCAAAAAUGGUCAUGAAGAAACUGUAAGACAACUUCUUAAUGUUGAAAAGAUUGUGGUUGAACAGCGAACCACAAAAAAUGGUUUAAUUCCAUUUCAUUUGGCAAUGUCAGGAGGUCAUAUUGAUGUAGCAAGUCUUCUUUUAAGUCGUUCUGCAGAGCAAAUAAAUUUCAAAUGCUUUUUAGGAAGAACAGCCCUUCAUUAUGCAGCUUCAAAUUAUCAACUCAAACUUGUACGACUUCUUAUUGCACAAGGAGCUGAUAUAAAUGAACCUGAUAAUGAUCAACAAAUUCCUCUUCUUUAUGCUAUUAAAAAUCGUCAUACUGAAGUUGUAUCAUUUCUAAUGCUAAAUAAAUUUGAUGUUGAAAUGUUGAUCAAAGAUAAAAUGUUUUUAGCAAAUCUUAUGGUAUGUUGUAAUUUAAACAAUAAUUUACCAGCCCAAGAUCUAAUUCUUAAUUCUCCAGCGCCUAUAUAUGCAGCUAUAAAGUUGACACUUGCUUUUCGAAAAGAGGCAAUUCGAAUAAAAGAUAAAAGUGAUGAUUACAUGGAGAUAGAAGAUUUUUGUGAGAAAAUGGCAUACAAAAUCCUUUCUAUUGCCACAACUAUUGAAUGUGACGCUUUAUUAUGCGCUGUUGAUGAUUAUAAACAAACACUUCUUGAUAUAUUGAUUGAUAAUGAAUUUAAAGAUUGUGUUGCUCAAAGCAAUAUUCAAAGCUUUUUUUCAGACAUUUGGAAUGGUGACUUAUUUGCAAUAGAAGCACCAGCUUUUUUGAUAAUUGCUGUUAUAUGUUUUUUUUUUCCUCCCUUGUGGUUUUUUCUUUGCCUUCCAUUUCAUCGGUUUAGUAAAGUUCCCACUUUAAAGUUUAUUUGUCAUUUAAUAUCUCACUUUUACUUUACCAUUAUAUUAAUUCUUGUUGUUGCUGUACCUUGGAACCGCUCUUAUCUUGAGCUUUAUCCUCCACCUUGGGAAUGGAUGCUUUGGAUUUGGCACUGUGCGAUGUUUUUAAAUACGAUAACUGAUAUUGAGAUCAAUUAUUUCAAAGUAGUACAAUGCAUGAUUGCUGCUUCUGCACUUUCGCUCAAUAUUUUAGCUUACUUUAUGGAAAAUAGAGUUAGAGAAAAUGUUAUGUAUGCUAGAGAUAAUGUAUUAGGUUUAAACUUACUUAUGCUUUUUGUUCAGUUUUUUCUCGAGUUUUUGGCAAUGCACGAAGUUUUUGGUCCGUGGACUGUCAUGAUAAAAAGUUUAGUGGUAGACGUUUUAAAGUUUGUGUUCAUACUAUCAUUAUGCAUAGUUGCUUUCACAAUGCACGGUGCUAUUAUCUACAAACCAGUAUACAACAAAAGUCAAUCUCUGACUGAUUUUCCAAUGACCUUUUUAGAUUUUAACAACGUUAACAAGGGCAUUAUGGACAUUUUUUCAGACAGAGUUUAUGCUUGCUUUGGAAUGGGCCAAUCCCCCGUGCCACUGACAUCAGAUCAAAAACUACAAAGUCCUACAGAGAGUUAUGCAAUUGAUGCUGUGAGCUAUCUACUUUAUCAGAUUAUUGCUGUUGUUGUACUUAUUAACUUGUUAGUCGCGAUGAUGGGAAGUACAUAUUCAAGAUUUGAAGAAAGAUCAACUAUUGAAUGGAGAUAUACGCGAGGAAAAAAUAUUUGGGCAAUGACUAAAACAAAUACGGUACCGAUUCCUGUGAACUUGAUAACAACAUUUAUACUUAUUGUUCAGGUUAUCUUUUCAACUUAUUUUUGUUGCUGUCGCGCUAACAUAGGCGAUUUAUACCAAAAUAUGAGUGUUUUUGAGGAAGUGGCUACAAAAAAUGUGGACAAUAAUGUGAAGCCAAAAAAAGGGAAAACCAAAAAAGGGUUAAAUUUACGUGAAGUUAUUGAUUGGAAAAAAGUAGUGGAAGACUUAAAAAUUGCGCUCAACUAUCACCCUCUUACAUUAGACGACUAUUUUGAGAGGUUGAAAACUCCGAUGAAAAAUAAAUCGUCAGAAAAAUGAUUAUUAAAAAAUAUGUAUUAGUCAGAAGUUUAAAAAAAUAUGAGAGAGAUAAAACAGAUAUGAGAGAGAUACAACAGAUAUGCUCAAAUUGAUGAAUAUUCUUGAAUAUAGUUUUUUUUAUAAAGGAAACAUUUUAAAAUAUAAAAGUUUUUGUACAAAUGUAAACAUUUUUUUUGUAAACAAGUUUUUUUAUUUGUAGAAAACAAUUUAACAGGAGGAAAAAUUUUUAAUAUCAUAACUCUAAGAUUAUCUUU